AUGGCGGGUCAGAGUUGGGCGCGAAGAGCACAAGAGACAAAUGUGACGUCUAAGCAACCUGAGGGUGGAGCGCCAGAGGACCGCAUCCAAGGCCUGACGAUACAAGUUGGGCAAGUGGGUUGGCCUGGCGCCAGACAGGAAAAGAACUCUCAGACACAAUCGGCUCGUAGCUACGCGAUUUCUACUCACUACCUGCCUAGUAGUACGGUUGAUUUUUGGGAGAAAUAUAAAAAAAUGGUCUUAACGACAGCCACGUUGUAG